CCAGAAUCUGUGCACUGUGCAAAACUCCCAACAGGCUAAUUCCCAUGGCUAUCGUUAUCGCAUCUUCGCACACAUGAUAAACUGGCAACACCGCAUCAUCCUGGCCUUCUCUCUCUUGAACCGAACCGAGAAAAUCAGAGAUGCAUAUCCCAUCGCGGGUAGCCGUGAGUAGUGCAGCCAACGCACUCGCACAAGAGUCGGUCAUUUUAAGUGGACGUGCAUGGUUCGUCGUUCCGUGGCAGCUUCUGUGUUCUGUGUGCGUCUUCGUUUGUUUUCGUACGGUAGCCAACGCCGAUAGCUAUGAUUGUGUUUGGUAUUCGGUAUUUUUGACGGGCUCACGAGAACUUGGUGGUUUGGGAGGAAGCUAAAGAGUGAUUCUGUGUUUUCGGCGAUUGUUGAGGAUUUUUUUGUUAUACAGUCGUUUGAGUUGUUAUACAUGUUGGGUUUCGUGGAGGGACUUAAACUUGCUACAGUAAAUACGAGCGAGCUGCGAAAAAACAAACGCGAAAUGGCCUCCAUUUGUUUCCGGCCACCGCCGCUUCCACCUAGCAAGAAAUCCAACCAAAACAAUCGACAGCGCGCCAAGCAGGACCACGGCCUGCUAUCGUCGACCUAUCUGAGUUUUCGCGACGACGACGAAAUCCUGAGCGUCGAGGCAAUCGAACUGACCGGUCUCAGUAAGUGCAAAGGCGAGAAAAAGUGCCAGAAGCUGAGCCACUCGUAUUCGCUGAGCAGAAGGAAAAGUGCGGGUAGUACCAUGGUGAGAAGCCAUUCGGACAGCAACAUAAACAUCGAUAAGAAAGGAGUUUCUCCGGGUGAUGUUGCCCUCAACAGAUAUAUGAAGGUGCUCAGCGGCAGCUGGAAGAAUUUGCUGAAUUUGGGCGGCAUGUCGCGGCCCCCGAAGCCGGCGGCGACCGCCAAGAAGGUGUUGCCGCCCGCCGUGCCGCACGAGUUCCGUCACUCGGGCAGCUCGUUCGGCUCGGCGGGGUACGCCAGCUCGGAGGAGGCGGCCUAUCUGGGGCCCGCCGCCGAUGCCCAGGGAGGGCCCAGAGAUGAUCACUCAGAUUAUGGAAGCACCGUCAGCGGUAGUACGGGAAAAUCUCCUGGACCGAUUUUUCCCGCCCCUACUUUUACAUUUCCGGGCCAACCCGGUCCUGGUACGGUGCUUACACACAAAGCAGCAGUCUAUUACCAUCACCAACUCAGUUUACAAGAAGAUCAGGGUAUUGAUAUGACUCAGUCUCCCGGAAGAGAUAGUCCAGGAUCGUCUAGCGGUAGCGCGGGGUCCGGUUCUAGGCACAGCACAGCUUCUUUGGAUAGCGGAAGAGCUUCUUACCAUCCUCUCAGCACCGCCGGAAGGAGCACCAUUUGCUCCUCCAACAGCCCCAGGUGUUCCUUGAGCUCUUGCUCCAUCGGUUCGGAUCAGGGAAGGAUUGAACGGAUGAUACAUCAAGGAGUGCCGGACCAAGAAAUAAUUCAUUCAUGGCUAGUAGACCUCCAGUUCGAAGAGUAUUUUCCUCUCUUCAUUUCGGCUGGUUAUGACCUUCCUACCAUUGGUAGGAUGACUCCGGAAGACCUGACCGCCAUAGGAAUCAAAAAACCGAAUCACAGAAAGCGACUGAAGGCUGAAAUUGCACAGCUCAAUCUGCCUGACAACCUGCCUGAAUUCAUACCGGGUUCUUUGGAAGAAUGGUUGAACCUGUUGAGGCUAGACGAAUAUUUGCCUGCCUUCUUGGAGCAAAAUUAUCAAACAGUAGACGACGUAACCCAGCUGACUUGGGAGGAUUUGGAGGAAUUUGGGAUAGUGAAAUUAGGACACCAGAAGAAAAUAAUGUUGGCUAUCAAGCGGAUAAAGGACAUCAAAGCGGGCAAAAGGAUCCACACCGACGCGAAUCGAAUUUAUGCAACACAAGACGUCCUGGUGCACGCGCCCGUCGACCUGCCCGCUCCGCCCACAGGCGGGCCGCCCGUCCACACCACCUUCCGCUCGUUCCACCAGCCGUGGGAGAUCGACCAGACGAUGCGCCAGAUGGCGGGAGCGCAGCAGUACGCGCCGACGCACCAUGCCUACUAUUGCACUGACAUUGUUCCCAUCAAGAUACGAACAGGGCGGGGAAAGUCCCUCGAGUCCCUCGAGGACCCCGCUGAACGCACGCACCACACCUUCGGCGCAGACCACGCCCACGUUCACGCCCCCACCUUCUACUACCAGCAGCCGGUGGGCUGGCGCAUCCGGUCCUACGACGACGGCGACAUCACGCCCACCAACGAGACGGGGGCGGGGUACGAGGGGGGCGGCACGCUGCCCAGACCGAGAGGCGUCAUCCGGCCGCGCCCCAUCGCCAAGAUCGCCGCCAAGGCCAGGGAGGUGGCGCGCGAUGCGUUCACGCUCGAGAAGCCCGAGUACUACGGCAGCCCCGUGACGGGCAGGAAGGCGCCGCCCCAUCCGCCGAAGAGGCGGGACAGCGAGGGGGGCGAGUCCACCACCACCACGGUGGAGAUCCAUCACGUGCAGGCCUGCGCGAGGAAAGAGAAGAAUGCUGUAAAUUUUCCAGCGUCCAGCCCGCUGCCGCUGCCCGCGUACCCCAGCUCCGACAGCCUGAGCAUCUCACUGGACGGGCAGGGCGACCUGCCGCUGCCCCCGCCGCCCGCCCCUGGCACGCCGCCUGGCGCCGCCCAGAGCAAGCUGAACUCGUCGCAGUCGUGGGGCGCCGAGGAGCAGGAGCUGAUCCAGACGUUGGCGUUGCAGCACCGGAACGGGUCCGAUGCAAGUUUCAAGUCGAGUUCCAGCACAGAAUCAGAUUCGCUGCCCUUCGCCAACGAGAAUGCCGGCACGAUCCGAACGCGCGCUGGCGCCAAACAAGUUGAGUUCUCCUCUCCGAAGCCGCGCUCCUCCACCUCCUCCUCCUCCUCAAUUGCCGGUCUGCCUCCUCAUCCGUCCCCUACGCCCGGUAGACAACAACAGCAGCAGCAACAGCAGGCUGGUAGGAACCAACGGACAGAACCAGUAGAUGUCCUAAAUGACAUCGGGAACAUGUUGGCCAACCUCACCGACGAGCUAGACGCCAUGUUAGAGGAGGAGAAGCGACAGCAGUAAUUAUAUACGGGAUGUUGAUCAAUGACGGGUAGUCUAUUUCAAAACGUGAUUUUGUGAAUGGAAGCCACAAAAACUAAUAAUUGCUUCUGUUCUACCUCAUUUCCUUAUUGGUACAGGUGCAGUUAACGUCCAAGACUACGUACUGAAUCAGGUGAAAAUGAAAUGUGCAUGAUGAAUGAUUAUAUGAAAUUAUGGAACCCACCUGUAGCAAUUAUCGAAUUUAACUACUAAGUAGUUGAGAAUAUUGAAUUAUUCUUGAAUUGUAAUAUUGGUCUUCACGUUUCCAAAUUGUUUUUCUGAAAAAAUCAUGACGAUAAGAUAUAUUUACUCCAGAAAACUCAUUUCAAAAACAAAAAAUAAUUGAAAAAUUGCAUGAAUAAUAACAAUAUAGUUUGAAAAACUAUCUGGGCUGCUGAAAGACUGUGAAACUAUAUGUUGGCCAAUGAGAAUAUCCAACAGCUUCAGAGCUACUUGGAAUUGAGUACUGAUAGUUAUUCUUGAAGUUCAUAUAAUGUAUGAUAUGGCGAAGAAACAUUGGACUGGACUGGACUGAAUUUGAUCAACAAUUCGUAUGGAUAAGACUGAACAUCAAUGUUAUAAUUUCAUAUAUAUUUUUGUAAAGAAGUUUCCCAUUGGCUUCUAUAUCCAGUAGGAGGUUUUCUAUUGUAGCUGGAAUAUUUCAAUUUACUGUAUUUUUUUCAUAGAUAUUUAUAUUGAGUUGUAUGUAUAUAAUAGGGAGAUUUAUUUCAUUGUGUAAAUAGUUAUUUUGAAUAGGAAUUUAUAUUGUAAAUAUGUACAAUUUUUUCCAUUUAUGUUAUAUUGAUUUUAAUCAUUAUAUUAAUUACAGUUUGCCUUCAUGGCAUGAAUGUUUUACUUAACUUGGGGGUUUUAAGGGGUCCAUUUUGUGAUCUCUAUGAUUAUUGAAUGUAUAUUUUACAUUAUUGUGCUACUUCUGUUUUUCAGUAGUCAGGAGUGAUUUUCAUCAGCUUACUUACUAACUAAGCUCAUGAAAUUGCAUUUGUGGUUGUCAAAAACAUACACUGUUCUGUAACAUCAUUUCACUAUCUUAGCCUGAAAGACACUUUCAAGACCAUAUAAUGCUGUCAUAUUUUUUGUCCCAUAUCUUCCAAGUCUAGAUUAUUAUUGAUUCCAUCGCUAGCUCAAUUGCUUUUCUAGUUCAUGAAGAAUUAAUAUAACAUCAACUCUUAAAGUUCAUUGACACGUUUGAGCAGUUCAAUUGAAAACAGACCUAUUCACAACUACAUAGCGCGGCAGCAAAACUUUCUAUUUUCAAAACUUGAUAACCCAUUGUAUGUAUUAUUAUUCAUUUUUUCAUUUAUUGAAUUAGGUAAAAAUCUACAUUUUCUCAUCGAAUACAUGUAUGUAUAUUUCAUAUUGUAUCUCCUCCACAUGGAUUAGUAUGAAAGCUCUGGAGUGCCAAUGGAAAAAAUAAAAAUUCGACCUAACAAGACUAAAUUUCGAGUUACUAAGACGAAAUUUCGACUUCCUGAGUCGAAAUUUCGACUUUUGAUUUUUUUCCACAGGCACUCCUGAGCUUUCGUAAUCAAUUCAUACAAUGAUGAGAAUAAAUUGAGAUGAAGAAAAAUAGAGUUGAUAAAAAAAGAGUCCCAGCAUGACAAACGCCAGAAAUCGGUUAACUCUGUGUAUGUAGAAUGGUGGAAGUCACCUAUCUGAUUUGAUCUUCAAAACUAUAUGCAAAACAAAACUUCAGUUAUGCGCCUACAUUAUAAAGAACAAAUAAGAAUGUUCUGAUUUAUAGGAAGGGUUUUGUUAAGUUUUGAAGAGAGGAAGUUAUAUGCUGCCGCAGUUCAGGAGUUUAAGAAACGGAAAACUGUUCAAGUGUGUCGGUCGAAUUAAGAAGAACUCUUUGUGUGUCCAUCAUUUUAGUUUUUUGAAAGGAUGAGUUUAAGAAAAUAUUUUAGAUGAAUGUAAAUAGAAUUUGUACUGAGGGAUAUAGCAUAUAGAGCUGAGUAAUGAAAUAAAUCUAGCAAAUACUUUUGUACAAAGCCAUCUUUUAGUAUACGGAUCUAGAGCAUUUAGAUUAGAAGUUGGUGUUUAAUUUCCUUUACACCAUGAAAUCGCAACGUUAGUCUCAUAUUUUUCAAAUGAUUUGAGAAGACUGAUAGAUCGAUUUUGAAAUUGAAACGUUUUUUGUGUGGGUAUACUGAGUAAUUGUCCAAGUGCCAUAAUAUAUUAUAUACUGAAGCCUAUUAUCCUAAACAGUAGAUCGAAUAACAGUGAGUCUGACUUAACUUCCAGUGUCCACACAAAAUUAGGUUCAUGACACAAUAAUUUUUCAAUGUGUUUUCAUAAUAAUUUCCUUAUUGAAUUGCCAUUUUUGCAAUGUUAUUUGUAAUAAAAUGUUAUUAAUGUGCUACUUAAAUAGUUUAUAUUGCAAUUACCUAUGUUGUUAUUUGUCAUAGCAUUUUUCUUAGUAAUAUAGCUGUUAAUAUUUCCGAAUCUUAUCUUUCAUACUCCUCAUUUUAUUUUAUAUUUUGCAUCAGUUAACUGUUAACAUUUAUGAAUAUAGAUCAAACAAUAAAGUGGAAUAUUAUCA